AGCAAGAGCGCCUGCAUCGCACUCUCAUUGUUGCUCAUGUCCACGCCGCAGGACUUUGCCAGACCAUCAGAAGGCUCUGAAGCUGACACAGUACCUAAUCAAAACGAGAAUGAACAAGACGAACAGCCUAGCUCACAUGAUUCCGCUGUAGAACCUCACCAAGUCGCAGAAGAUGAAAGCAAUUCAGGCGAAGAAGACGACGACGAAGACGACGAAGACGAAGACGACGACGAAGAGGAAGAGGAAGAACCAAAAUUACGAUACAAUAGAAUAAAGUCCUCUGUGGCGGAAACUCUUACAAAAGAUGCAGCCUCAGUACUUCGCGUCUCGAUGCGAUUUGUGGCCAUGGGAACGCACUGGGGUGCUGUUCAUAUUCUCGAUUUCGAUGGAAACCUGAUCAAAUCUUGGCAAAACCACUCUGCUACUGUCAAUGAUAUUUCCAUUGAUAACGCAGAAGAUUAUGUAGCCACUGCAUCCGAUGAUGGUAAAAUUUUCGUGUGCGCUUUAUAUACCCCUGAAGUUCAGUCCUUCAACUACCGUCGACCUGUGAAGAGUGUCGCUAUCGAUCCUGAAUACAAAAACAAGUCAACACAUCAAUUUGUAUCGGGUGGUAUGGCUGAACAACUGAUAAUGAACGAAAAAGGUUGGCUGGGACAUAAAGAUACCGUCUUGCACGCUAAUGAAGGUCCCAUUUAUUCUAUCAAAUGGCGCGGUAACUUAAUUGCGUGGGCUAAUGAUACUGGCGUUAAAAUGUAUGAUACUACAAGCAAUCUUCGAAUCACGUACAUUGAUCGCCCGGCUGGUAGCCCCAGAGGCGACUUAUAUCGUUGUCGUAUGUGCUGGAAAGACGAUACCACGCUUCUUAUUGGGUGGGCUGACAUGGUGAAGAUAGCCAAAGUCAGGGAGAGAAACAAGCGUGAUCAAGUACCAGGACAACCUAAUCAUUACGUGGAGAUCAUCUGUAUGUUCCGGACUGACAAUAUUAUAUGUGGUAUCGCCCCAUUUGUCGACAACAUUGUGAUCCUGUACUAUACAGACGAAGAGGCAUCCAGCGACGAAGAGGAAGAGGGUGAUCAGCGGACCCGUCCAGCUAGUCAGCCAGAAAUUCAUAUACUUGACUGGUCCGGCGAAGAGAUAUCUAACGACGUGCUUGCUGUGAAUGGCUAUUCACACUACCAGCCCAACGAUUAUGGCUUAGAAUUUUAUCCUAAAGAAGACAUGUUUUAUAUCUUAUCACCCAAGGAUAUCGUGGCAGCCUAUCCCCGAGAUUUGGAUGAUCAUCUCCAGUGGCUUUUGGAUCAUCGCAAGUACGAAGAAGCGCUUCAUGCAGCAGAAGAAGCUCUGGCCAACGGAACACCAAGCGAGAUCUUCCUUAUUAAAGAUAUUGGACAACAGUACUUGCUAUGGUUGAUGGAGUACGAACGAUACGAAGAGGCGGCAGCUGCUUGUGAAAAAAUUCUGGAAAAAGACCAAAAUACGUGGGAGCAGUGGAUAUUCAAGUUUGCUGAAAUGGGUCAACUCAAGGCAAUGGCCAGCCAUAUACCAAUCCAAGCCCCUCAGCUUAGCAGCACAGUGUAUGAGAUGGUAUUGGCCUGGUUACUGCAGCAUGAUCACAAGUCGCUUUUGGAUACAUUGCAUGAAUGGCCGCCAAUAUUGUACAAUGUGUCGAGUGUUAUCAUGGCAGUGGAAGACUCUGCGGAGAAAGACAAGGACAACGUCAUUUUAUUAGAAUGUCUUGCUGACCUAUAUACCUACAAUGGAAAACCAGACAAGGCUAUUGAGUACAAUCUACGAUUACGCCGGCCCAAUGCAUUUGAUUUGAUUCGAGAAUACAACAUGUACGAAGCGGUGCGGAACAAGGCUGUUUUACUCAUGGAAUUUGAUCAAUAUCUUCUGGAUGAACAAGCAAAGACGGUUCAGGAAGGAAGUCCUAGAAAACAGGCAAACGACAUGCCAGCCGUUCAGCUAUUGAUUGAAAACACCCAGGCUAUACCGCCGAAACGAGUGGUGCAACAACUGAAGCCCAGACCAAAGUUUUUACACACCUAUCUUGAUGCGCUAUUCCGGCGUGAUCCACAUUUAGGUUAUGAAUUUCAUGACCUUCAAGUUGAACUCUAUGCUGAAUUUGAUCCGGCGAAAUUACUCGAUUUCCUACGAGCUAGCAAUUAUUAUUCAUUAGAAAAGGCAUACAAAAUAUGCGAAAAGCGGCAGUUAAUACCAGAGAUGGUGUUCAUCUUGAGUCGCAUGGGCAAUAACAAGAAAGCUCUUAUGCUUAUCAUCGAAAAACUGAGAGAUGUUCAAAGGGCAAUCGAUUUUGCAAAGGAACAAAACGACGACGACCUUUGGGAGGACUUGCUGAAGUAUUCCAUGGAUAAACCUUUGUUCAUCAAGGGGCUUUUGGAAAACGUGGGCACCGAUAUCGAGCCAUUGCGGCUCAUCAAACGCAUUCCAAAUAAGAUGGAGAUACCCGAUCUCAAGCAAGCUCUGUUAAAAAUUUUGCAGGACUAUCAUCUACAGAUGUCGUUGAGGCAAGGUUGCGAGAAGAUUUUAGUAAGUGAUAGCGUGCAGCUAGCGGAUCGUAUGCAUAAAACUCAGAAAAGAGGUGUUCAAUGCCAAGUGGAUGCGAUUUGCAAUAUUUGCGACGAGCCAGCUUUCGAUGAAGACUUGACGGGUGUUGCCACCAUCGUCUUCUUUUGCAAGCAUGCGUACCACCAGCGAUGCUUGAUGGACGAUACGGCUGACGAGGCCUCCCUUGGACCAGAUCAUGUGGCCAGUAGUUUAGCAAGUAAAGUGAAUUACGCUACGCUACUGAUGUCCAGCCGGACGAUGGCAUGUCCUAUCUGCCAAGAGCAAAUGGCUAAAGGAAAUGGAGUUGUUCAUCGUAUUGCUGAACGACUGGAACCUACAGCUUCUAGUACUAUUACUCUAGCUUAGCUUAAUGUAUAAAGACCAGACCAUAAUGUCGUACGUAUAAUUUGGAGCUCAGAAUGUAACACUGACAAUUGAUUGAAAUUUUAUUGCAACCAUGUCCAUAACAAGAAGUCG